CCGAGAGAGAGACGAAGCGGAGCUGAUAAUAUUUUUUUUAAAAAAAACAAUACUAACUAGCUAGCGAUCGAGCAGCGAUACAGUACAAUGGCGCCGAAGAGCCUGCUUGUCGUCGCCGCCCUACUCGCCGUCGUCGUCUCCGCCUGCCAGCUGCCCCGCGGUGCGACGGCGUUGGAGGCGAGCCCCAGCACCAACACCAACACCAGCCUCAUCGUCUCCGGAACCGUGCCAUGCGCCACCGGGAACUCCAUUGACCCGGCCACGGUCCCGGCGUUCCCUAACGCCCUCGUGCAGCUCGUGUGCGGCGGCAAGGUCGUGGGCAGCGCGACGGCGGACAGCGCCGGUGCCUUCGUCUUCAGCCAGAGCAGCGCCAGCAGGGACCUGGUCGCCGCCGCCAUGCACAACCUGUGCAGGGUGGUCGUGGUCACCCCGCUGGGCGCGUGCGACAGGUCCCUGGCCGCAGCCGCCGGGACGCUGUCGGCGCCGCUGAAGCUCGUAGGCAUCACCACCGGCAGCGGCAGCGGCAGCGACCUGGGCGGCCUCGGCGGCCUCAUUGGCGGGAUCGUCGGUCUCAUCGGGGCGAUCGUCGGCGGCAUCCUCAACCUCAGCACCAUGCCCUUCUCCUUCGUCUGAGCUCUCGUCGUCAGGCGUGGAUCGUCGGACCUACAAGGGCUGCUGCGCGCUCCACAAGCUGUGAAUCUAUCGACGACGCCAACGAAUCAUGUUUGUUAUUAUAAAAAAUAAUUAAGCAUCAGUCAAUACGUGUAGCGGCCGGGCUGC